AUGCGCCGAUGUUUGGAAGGCCGAUACAAGGAAAGGAGUCGCUCGCCACCCUCCAACCGAGAGGGCAUGACAUGCGGCAAAAACUUGAGUGAAAUGAGCCGCACGUGGGAGCCAGAGCUUCAUAUGCUCUAUGCUUCACCUUUGGACCAGCGAAUGCCACAGAUCAAUAUUCAUGGAGAAGUGGAGCUUUUGCAGGAGUCUCUCCGAAAAGCCAAUUGCCAUAUGAACAUUUAUGUGGGUGCCGCUACGACAAAGACGUUCGCACAAUUGCUCACGCUUGCACAGUCUGGGGGAAGCAUUAUUCUUCAUUUGUCUGUGCACGUGGUAACUUCGGAGGGUGAUGUGGGCAUUGUGUUCGAGAACGGCUUCGGAGGGGCACACAUCCUCUACCAAAAGGAUCUGGAAGAUUUGCUCAACGACCGGCAGCUGAAUGGUCUAUCCUUUGUCUUCAUCAAUGGAUGCUGCUCUGAGAGCAUCGCCGCGCUUCUGGUAGAAGCCGGAUGCAAUUUGGUGAUUGCAACCCGCGGUAAAGUCUAUGAUGCUGCUGCGACCGUUUUCACACAGCAGUUCUACUACGCGCUUGGCUCGCAAGUCUCCGUGCGGUCAGCCUUCGAGAGCGCACAGCAAGUCCUGAGGGUCGACCCCGAUGCCAAGGUCAAGGCCAGUGCAGACAUGUUCGUCCUUUUUGGCCAACAUGCUGCCCGCUCUCAUACAUUGAUUCAUAGACCACCCGUGGACGCUGUGAACCGUCAGUGUGCCUUGCAGAUCGAAAACUCGGAGUUCUGCAAUGCAGCGGCUUACCUGCCACCCCGCGUAGAGGAUUACAUCGACAGAAGCUCAGUUUUAUGCGAUAUUCUGCGGAACUUUGAUGCCAGCAGCGGCCAGCCAGCGCGGAGGGCUUGCGUGCUCUCUGGUCCGGAAGGCAUUGGGAAAACUGUCACUGCUAUUGCUCUGGCCCACUUCGCCUCUUCACCUGGCCGGUUGUUUUCCAGGAAUGUCGUGUUUGUCAACCUUGACGGCAAGCCGGACUUAGCAUCUGUGGUGCAAGGCAUUUCAGAAUCUCUGGCAUCUAGACGACCGCCAUUGCUGUCUGGCAGCUGCAAAAGUCAGAAGGAUUUGCUGCAAGCCUUGCAGCACCUGGAUCAGACCAGGGGCCGUCACCUCCUGCUGCUGGAUGACCGUUCAGGGGCAAUACGGGGGAGCCCUCAGGUGCGACAUCUUCUGAGCAGUAUGCUGGAGACAGCAAAGAAGAUGAGUCUAGUCAUUUGCUCCAGGGAGCAGCUCUACGAGCCAUUGGGGCAUUGCAAGUGCGUAAAUCUACCCUUGAGUGCAUUGACGGAGAUGCAGUCUGCUCAGCUCUUCCUCAAGCGAGUGCACCGCCCGCUGCGCCCCUGCGACUUAGACCAGGCGGCCGGUGGUGGACGCCUUACGAAGACGCAGGACAUCCUGCGGAAGCUGGCCGCCCACCCCUUGCUGCAGCAGACCGCCGGGAAUCCAGGUCGAGUCAAUGCUGUGUGUCAACGUGUGACGCCGCAGCUGCGAUCGUUGUGGGAUCUUUGCUCCUGGCAGCGGCUGGAGGUGCGAACUAUGUCAUUUGAAGAAACUGAAACUUGCAGCCUAGCGCGGCGCAUGUCCGAAGAUGCAAUGGACUCAACGCUGCUCACUCGAAAAAUGUCCAUCGAUGGAGCGCCCUUGGCGCGAAUGAUGUCAAUGGACGAAACACCGCUGGCUCGGAUGAUGUCUGUAGACGAGAUGCAGGCCACGGAGGACGGUAUCGACCAUUUCUAG